GCGAUAAGUUGACUAAUAUCUAAUUAUGACGUCAUCUGUUCUGAUUUCUUAGCGCGUCAAACAUGUGAACAAAAUCACUGACGACUUUGUCGGGUCACUGGAUUCACGAGCUGUUCUCAUUUGAAAUGCUGAAGGCGUCACUGUCAUCUAAUUAUAUCUACCGCUGUUCCUAUUGAUCUACAUUUAUCCUCCUCAAUGCUGUUUUGUUUUCCUUUGGAUUUCAAGGGCCUCCAUGACGACGAAUAAGUGGGACUUUCAUCUAUAAGCAAUGAUGUGAUGCCAACAGCUCCAUGACAACGAUAUUUAAAAUUCCUAUAUAAGCAGCGCUAUUUUCCCCUGGUUCUAAUCUGUUUUGCAUUGCCAGUGAGUAGACAAACAGAUUAAAAACUUCAUUCUGUCACUUGAAAAAUUUGAAAAAAUGGCCAGUAAAUGUCGUCAAAACUAUCACGAAGAAACCGAAGCUCUCGUCAACAAACAGAUCAACAUCGAGCAGAGUCUUUACUAUCAAUACUUGGCCCUGAGCGCCUUUUACGAUCGCGAUGACGUAGCCAUGAUCGGCUUCUCCAAAUACUUUCAAGAGUCAGCUGAAGAAGAAAGUGGCCAUGUUCGGAAGCUCAUCAAGUACCAGAAUCGUCGAGGAGGACGAGUUAUUUUCACUGGGGUGGCUUCUCCUGCCGAGCAAGAAUGGGCCUCCCCUUUGACUGCCAUCGAGUUUGCACUCAAUCUGGAAAAGAAAGUCAAUCAGUCGCUGCUGGACUUGCACGCCAUGGGUAGCAAGCACAGCGAUCCUCAUCUGUGCGACUUUCUGGAUGACCACUUUCUCAAGGAUCAGGUGGAGACUAUCAACAAGCUGGCCAAGCAUCAGACCAAUUUGAUCCGACUGGGUGGGGGUGGCGUUGGCUUGUUCAUCUUCGACAAGGAACUGCGCUCUUAAUUCGAAUUCUAAUAGGAACUUAUACGGACUAAUGACUGGGAAUGGCAUUUCGACAAACCAAAACUAUUUAUUAUUGCUAAAAUUAUAAUAGAUCUGCUUAGUUUACUAUGUAUACACAUUUCUGCAGAUACAUAAUACACGUAAUCAACCAAACUAA